AUGCCUAAAUUCAUUGCUCAAUUACUCACCCUUUUAACAGUACUAAUACUUUUACUUACACAAUGUUCGGCUGUGCCAUUACGACCGCAGUUUGGAAUCUUUCCAGCAGAAAUCAAAAUUGUGUUACCUACAUUUCCAGAAGAAGCUGUGUGGAAUCGAAUUCGAAGGGACGAUGAUAUUCAGCCAGGUGAGCUAUAGUAUUAUGUUAAAUGUUAAUAUAUCAUAGUAUGUCAAAGAAUAAAUAAUUUUAAAAAAAAAUCAAACUGUAAACUGUAAAAAAUUUCAAAAUUGUAACAUAAUUUUGAUAUUCCUUAUGUUUGUUACCUAAACCAACCUUCUCAGACUUUGCCAACUCGAUUGACAACAGCCCGAUAGUGUUGGACAAAGUGGACCAUAAGCAGUACCCAUGGUGGCAAAGUAACUCCCCAUACAGAUUAUCCGGCCGUUAA